CGACGAGGCAGUAUCUCGUCGGCUCAGCUGACAAUUGGGCCGUUCUUUGCUGCAUUUAAGCUCGACCACAAUGUUAUUUGCUGCCACCUUAUUGCUUGGCUUGUGCGGGGCCAACGCCGUCAACUUCACAACCGUUUACGAGUGGGAUAAAUUCGAUUUCCUCUGGCCACCAGAAGCGGACACCUCAAUCGGACAGAUUAAACAGAAUUUCACUCCGGAUAAUGUUGAAUUUCGAUACAUGGCUGUUUAUGGAGAAAGGCUGUUUCUAAGCCUUGAUACGGAUCCCGGAAUUCCCACCUCGCUGGUGUGGCUUCCAACAAACGGCACGUCGACUGCACCUCCGAAACUAGCUCCUUUCCCAUCCUUGGAUUUACACAAAAAAGACAUCUGCGACAAUAUUCAGGCGGCGGGAGGUUUAGAAACGGAUACUGACGGUCGGUUGUGGGUGCUUGAUGACGGGAGUGACAAAUGUCCAGGAAAACUUUGGAUAUUCAACCUUCUCAAGAACGACCAAACCGAGCGCGUUCACCAGUUCCCGGACACAGUCGUCUCUCAUUUUUAUCUUGGAAGGUCACUGAGUGAUCUUGUGCUCGACAAAACAACGGACGAUUUGCUUGCGUACAUCACGGACGCCAGGUCUGAGCAAAUCGUCGUUUACAGCCGAAAAAUGGACAAAUCCUGGUCUGUUAAAACACCAUCAGAAGGACGUUGGUUUUCCUUGGCCCUCUCUCCUAACAGGGAAGCGAGACAUGAGUUGUACCUUAGAAGAGCUGGUUCCAAUGAACUCUAUUCAGUGUCUGUUUCUGAGCUGAAGAAUGAAGGCGGAAGCGCUGCUGUCAAAUUCAUCGGCCAAUGGACUGGAAAACCCUACAAAAUGUUAAUCGACGGUGCCAAUGUCUUGUAUGCCGCCUCUUGGGGCCAGGAUUACCUCUCCAAAUGGAUUAUUUCUCAGCCCUUUAGAGAGCAGCGAUUUUAUGAGGUCGGAGAACUGGGUGCAUAUUGGCCAUUUACUUUUGCCUUGGACGCGAACGGCAAUUUAUGGAUGACGGAGCUAAAUGUAAAUGGUGGCGGGAAUAGGCAUAAACUACUCAAGGCUGCAGUCGGCGCAAGAUCGAAUUCAUUCAGCAAAUUCACAGCUACAAAGUUCCUUGACGAGACCUCAGAACAGGAAAUCACAGGAUCAUCCCUUGAUUCUGAAUCUACGCCUCCUGGAGAAACGCAGAGUCCACUCGGAGUCCUCUUUAACAGUCUGUGGAAGAGUCGCAUUCUUGGGAAGACGCUGCCCCACCCACAAAGAUCAAUCUCUCUUCCGUUCCUGAUCCUUUUGCAGACUUUUCAUUGCUUGGCUGACCCUGCUGACGAUGGGAAAAAUUCAAACCUCUUUCCGGCGUGCGGGAAUGUCCGUUUUCCCGGACAGCAAACAUUUUUCUAAUGAACAGUACCGUGUGUUGCAUUUUAAUUAUUAGGUUAAUUAUAAAAAAAACCUAGAGAUGAUCAUGUUUUUCGUCUUUUUUAACAAAAGAAUCAUUAAUUUGUAGGAAUUUUUCGUGUUAAAUAAAAAUAUAGAUUGCAUU